CACUCUCUUCCUUCUUAUUAGAUAUUUCAUCUUACUGCAGGGCAUAGAAUCAAUAGGAGCUUCUCCUUAGGGAGCUGCUGUGAAUCAGGCAAGGACAGAAGGAAUUAAGACACUAACAGACUCUUGCUUUCACAAAAGAUGUAGUGUUUUGUUUUGUUUUUUUUUGUUUUGUUUUUUGUGCUGCAUCGUAUAUGCAUGUUAUCCAGAAAGAGCAGACUUAGAUCACCAGUGCUUCCUUACUGAUGCCUUGGAAUCAGAAGCCAUACUGCAGAGCUGUGAAAGUGCUUGGGAGAUGAGAAGGUUGCUUGAAUUCUGGAUAUUCUCACAUCUACAGGACAAACCUGUUAGAGCAUUGUCUUUGCCACCAUUUGCUCUGUGGUUGGGUUGGGUUGUGUGUGUGUGUGUGUGUGUGUGUGUGUGUGUGUGUGUGUGUGUGUGUGUGUGUGUGUGUGUUGGUUUGGGGGGGUGUUGUUUUCUAGCAUUUAAAGAUAUCUAAAGAAGAAACUAUAAUCUUAACGAUGCAGCAUUUGCUUUGCCUUUGAUGCAAAAGACUGUAAUACUUAUUCUUCAGAACGAAAUAAGUUGAAGAAAAAACAGCCACACUACAGAGAAGACAGGUUUCACGGAUUCCAGGAACACAGAUUCCAAGCAUAUUGCCUAUAUGCUUUGAUUGAUAGAUACAGUAUUAGCUUCUGUGCUGCGUGUGUGUGUCUGUGUCAGGUGCCUGAGGAUGCAAUGUGACUAUGUGUACCAAGCCAGAAAUCUAAGCAUCUUUAUUUGAUGUUACUUGCUUGUAAAGUAGCAUUUAAGGAGAAUUCUUAUACUUAGAACAAUACUCUGCUUCUGAAAGCUUCUGAUUUUUGUUUGUAAAGAGGGUUGGAGGAGCUGCCUUUAUGUGACAACAGUGGUGUAUGGAUUGUAAAAGGAAACUUAGCAGAAUUUUGACAGCAUACUCAUCAGUGUGGCUCUCGUUUAAAAGAGAAACUACCUCCUCCAGCCAGGGAAAUGGCUUUUCUUGUUCGCUGUUAUGCCAAUUGUCUUCAACCAUGGGCCUCCAAACUUCCAGCUGAUCUUACCAAGAUGCACCUCACAGACAACCCUCAUCCACAGGUGACUCAUGUGUCUUCUAGUCAAUCUGGCUGUAGCAUUGCCAGUGACUCUGGGAGCAGCAGUUUAUCCGAUAUCUACCAGGCUACAGAAAGUGAAGUAGGAGAUGUAGACUUAACACGUCUUCCAGAAGGACCUGUUGAUUCUGAGGAUGAAGAAGAUGAGGAAGAGGAGAUUGAUCGAACAGAUCCACUGCAAGGUCGAGAUCUUGUUCGAGAAUGUCUUGAAAAGGAACCUGCAGACAAAACUGAUGAUGAUAUUGAACAGUUACUUGAGUUCAUGCACCAGCUCCCUGCAUUUGCAAACAUGACUAUGUCUGUAAGGAGAGAACUCUGUUCUGUCAUGAUUUUUGAAGUAGUGGAGCAGGCCGGGGCUGUUAUUCUUGAAGAUGGGCAGGAGCUUGACUCAUGGUAUGUCAUUUUAAAUGGCACUGUAGAAAUUAGUCAUCCAGAUGGGAAAAUUGAAAAUCUCUUCAUGGGAAAUAGUUUUGGAAUUGUCCCCACUCUAGAUAAGCAGUACAUGCAUGGAGUUGUCAGGACUAAAGUUGAUGAUUGUCAGUUUGUCUGUAUAGCCCAACAAGAUUAUUGGAGGAUUUUAAAUCAUGUGGAAAAAAAUACCCAUAAAGUUGAGGAAGAGGGAGAAAUUGUCAUGGUACAUGAGCACCGAGAACUAGACCGAAGUGGAACGAGGAAAGGACACAUUGUAAUCAAGGCAACACCUGAGCGUCUCAUCAUGCAUUUGAUAGAAGAACAUUCUAUUGUGGACCCAACAUAUAUAGAAGAUUUCCUAUUAACUUAUAGGACAUUUCUUGAAAGUCCUUUGGAUGUUGGGAUCAAGCUUUUGGAAUGGUUUAAGAUGGACAGCUUAAGGGAUAAGGUGACCCGGAUUGUGCUCUUAUGGGUAAAUAAUCAUUUUAAUGAUUUUGAAGGUGAUCCUGCUAUGACUCGAUUUCUAGAAGAAUUUGAAAAAAAUCUGGAAGAUACAAAAAUGAAUGGUCACCUCAGGUUAUUGAAUAUUGCCUGUGCUGCAAAAGCUAAGUGGAGGCAAGUUGUGCUACAGAAGGCAUCCCGUGAGUCACCCCUGCACUUCAGCCUUAAUGGAGGCAGUGAGAAAGGAUUUGGUGUCUUUGUUGAAGGAGUAGAACCUGGUAGCAAAGCUGCUGAUGCAGGACUGAAACGUGGUGAUCAGAUAAUGGAAGUCAAUGGACAAAACUUUGAAAAUAUUACAUUUGGUAAAGCUCUUGAAAUUUUGAGGAAUAAUACUCAUCUUGCACUUACUGUGAAGACCAACAUUUUUGUGUUCAAAGAAUUGCUCAGUAGGACUGAACAAGAGAAAUCUGGUGUUCCUCAUAUUCCCAAAAUUGCUGAAAAAAAAAGUAAUCGCCAUUCAAUCCAAGAUGUCCCAGGAGAUAUCGAACAAAUACCACAGGAGAAAGGAAAUAAGAAAAUUAAAGCAAAUACCGUUUCAGGUGGAAGAAACAAAAUCAGAAAAAUUUUGGAUAAAACACGAUUUAGUAUCUUGCCUCCAAAGCUAUUUAGUGAUGGAGGCCUGAGCCAAUCACAAGAUGACAGCAUUGUGGGAACCAGACACUGUAGGCACAGUCUGGCUAUUAUGCCAAUCCCUGGAACACUCUCAUCAAGCAGCCCAGACCUCUUGCAGCCCACCACUAGCAUGUUGGACUUUUCCAAUCCUUCAGAUAUUCCUGAUCAAGUUAUAAGAGUUUUCAAAGCAGAUCAACAAAGUUGCUACAUUAUCAUCAGUAAAGAUACCACAGCUAAAGAAGUGGUCUGCCAAGCCAUUCAGGAAUUUGGUUUGACUGGUACAUCUGAGACAUACUCUCUCUGUGAAGUUUCUGUUACUCCUGAGGGUGUCAUAAAGCAGAGAAGACUUCCGGACCAGUUCUCCAAAUUAGCUGAUAGAAUUCAACUCAAUGGAAGGUAUUACCUAAAAAAUAACAUGGAAACAGAAACAUUAUGUUCUGAUGAAGAUGCCCAGGAACUACUUAAGGAAAGCCAACUGUCCAUGCUGCAGCUCAGCACCAUUGAGGUUGCCACCCAGCUGUCAAUGAGGGACUUUGAUUUGUUUCGUAAUAUUGAGCCUACUGAAUACAUUGAUGAUCUUUUUAAAUUAGAUUCCAAGACAGGAAAUACUCACUUGAAACAAUUUGAGGACAUUGUAAACCAAGAGACAUUCUGGGUUGCCUCAGAGAUUUUAAGUGAAUCCAAUCAGCUCAAAAGAAUGAAGAUUAUUAAACAUUUUAUUAAAAUUGCCCUCCAUUGUCGAGAAUGCAAGAAUUUCAAUUCCAUGUUUGCAAUAAUAAGUGGCUUGAACCUGGCACCUGUAGCACGACUCAGAGGCACUUGGGAAAAGUUACCAAGCAAAUAUGAGAAACAUCUCCAAGAUCUACAAGACCUUUUUGAUCCAUCUAGAAACAUGGCAAAAUACAGAAAUAUUCUUAGUAGUCAAAGCAUGCAGCCUCCAAUUAUUCCACUCUUCCCUGUUGUCAAGAAAGAUAUGACAUUUCUUCAUGAAGGAAAUGACUCCAAAGUAGACGGCUUAGUAAACUUCGAGAAAUUAAGAAUGAUUGCCAAGGAAAUCCGUCAUAUUGUUCGAAUGACUUCUGCUAACAUGGACCCUGCCAUGAUGUUCCGACAAAGGAAGAAGAGGUGGCGGAGUCUGGGGUCACUGAGUCAAGGCAGCACAAAUUCAAACAUGCUGGAUGUUCAGGGAGGUGCUCACAAGAAAAGAGCACGCCGAAGCUCCCUUCUGAAUGCCAAGAAGCUAUAUGAAGAUGCUCAAAUGGCAAGGAAAGUGAAACAGUAUCUUUCUAGUCUGGACAUAGACACAGAUGAGGAAAAGUUCCAGAUGAUAUCACUGCAGUGGGAGCCUGCAUAUGGUACCUUGACAAAGAACUUAACUGAAAAAAAGUCAGCCAAGUCAUCUGAAAUGUCUCCUGUGCCUUUGAGGUCAGGUGGCCAAACAUCAAAAGUCUACCUGCAUCAGCCGCACAGAGUGAGCCAGGUGCUUCAGGUGCCAGCAGUUAAUUUGCACCCCAUCAGAAAGAGAGGACAAGCCAAAGACCAUGUGCUGAGUGCAAGUUUCCCUCAGAAAGGUUUAGGACUAACUGAAGAAGUGAGUGGUAAGAAACACACAGAAGACACUGUUUCUGUGGCAUCCUCCCUGCAUUCUAGCCCUCCUGCAUCUCCUCGAAGUUCCCCUCGCAAAGGUUACACACUCAUACCAUCAGCUAAGUCUGACAACUUUUCUGACUCCAGCCACAGUGAAAUCUCCUCUCGGUCCAGCAUUGUGAGCAACUGUUCCGUGGACUCUAUGUCUGCAGCUCUGCAGGAGGAACGCUGUUCUGCCCACACCCUAGCAGUUCCUGAACCCACAACAGGAACAUUGGAAAAGAUAGAUCACCCUUCAGGGAUCAGAGAGCACAGUCAGACUGGUCAUGGGUGGAUGCUGUCAAAGCCAUCUCUUAUCAAGGGUGUAGCUGUCUCGUCUUCUCUGAGCAGUGAAGAGAUGUCUCAUGAGCAUGUUGUGCUGGAAGCAGCUGACAGUGGACGGGGCAGUUGGACUUCCUGCUCCAGCAGCUCCCAUGACAACUUCCAAAGUCUUCCAAACCCAAAAAACUGGGACUUUCUGAACACUUACAGGCACACACAUUUAGAUGACCCUAUUGCAGAGGUCGAGCCCACUGACUGUGAGCCCUGUGCUUGUCCUAAAGGCUGCUCAAGAACUUGUGGCCAGUGCAAAGGCAGCCUGGAGACAUCCCAGCUGAGGCAGAGUUGGGCCUCUUCGAGCUCACUCUCUGACACAUACGAACCGAACUAUGGGACAGUAAAGCGGAGGGUAUUGGAAAGUGCCCCAGCAGAGGCACCUGAUGGCUUGGAGCCCAGGGAUGCCACUGAUCCUGUUUAUAAAACUGUCACUUCCAGUACAGACAGAGGUUUGAUUGUGUACUGUGUCACCUCACCCAAGAAAGGUGAUAGGUAUAGGGAGCCACCUCCCACUCCUCCAGGAUAUCUGGGAAUUUCUUUAGCGGACCUAAAGGAAGGACCCCACCCUCAUCUAAAACCUCCCGACUAUAGCGUGGCAGUGCAGAGGUCAAAGAUGAUGUUUAACAGCCUGUCUAGACUGCCGCCAGCUCCUCCCAGUAGCCACACCUUGGCCUGGGUUCCCAUGAAGACCGGAUCCCAACCUCACAGGCAUAGCUUGCAGCCGUCCCAUCCCAAACUAGCAGGUGUGACUGAUGCAGAUAGCGAAGCAGAUGAAAAUGAGCAGGUGUCCGCGGUCUAGUCUUUGGAUGCCCAUUGGAGCCCACUGGAAGUCAGGAGCAUAGACAAGAGCUCGUGGUUCAGCAGACCAAAGCCAACAGCUCAGCUGCUGCCACCAACCCUGGGGUUUCCUCGCUGAGCUGAGGAUGCGCUCUUCUGAGUCCUGCUUCCUUUUCUUCUGUCCCUGCAGGUGCAGUUUCCUUAACUGGAUGUUGCACCUGAUCCCAGCCUACACUUUGCACAUCACUCCUGCCUUGGGACUACAUUCAAGCUCAGAGUUCCCCUGUAUAUCACUAUAGGUCUCUCUUUUUGUAAAUCAUUUUAAAGAUAGUGGUAUUAUUAUUUCCAAGCCGUAGCUUGGGCUAAAGGACACAUUCAAAAUGUCUGCCAAUACCAAGGAUAGUCUUGUGUAUUUGAAAAGUAACUUAUUUAAAGUAUUGUGGUUUUGUUUGUAUUCAAGAGCUCUUGUUAGCUGUUGUUUUUCUGAGGCUAUAAAGCUGUCUAUGGUCUGAGCAGCAGACAUCAUCCUGACGUAGGUACAGAGAUGUGGCACUAUUGUAGCAGACACUCAGGUGGGAAACAGACACCUGUACAGGUGUAAUGUGAGCAGCCUGCUCGUUGUGGCAUGGGCAGCCUCAGGGGUCUUGGCAAUCUUUUGGAAAGGGGAGCAGAGUUAAAUGGGAAGGGAGAGUUCUAAUUUCCAAAGAGGGGAUAGUUGGCAGUGAAUCUGUUUCUGAAGUGAACAUUAUGGUGCAUCCAAUUAGGAGGUUACUAUAAAUCCAGUGGGAAUGGUUUUCCUAGAGUUUGUUUCUAUAGGAAUCCACCCUAAGCUAACUUUUCACAACUCAAGUGUGAAAUUCCUAGCUUAGAAGAAAUAUUGUAGGAGCUGGAGAGAGGCUCAGUGGUUAAGAUUCUCUUACAGAGGGCCCGAGUUUAAUUCCUAACACUCACAUGGUGGCUUGCAACUGCCUGUAACUCCAGAAAUGGGAUCCAGCACCCUCUUCUGGCCUCCAAAAGCACUGCAUACUUGUGAUAUAUGCAGACAUGCAGAAAGAACAUCCCUAGACACAAAAUAAUUUUUAAAAAAAUAGAAUUUUUUUCAAGUAUCACAGAUGUAAUGAUGGUGAUCACCUUGGCUCAUUCAGCCACAUGUGCAGUCACUGAACUUGAGUUUUGAGCAGAACUCAGUACCCAAGGGAUAGACUUGUAUAAGAGAGAGGCACUAGGAUAAUGGAGGGGGCUUCUGCCCUGGAGAGGACAUCCUUUGUGACCUCCUGUAUAUGGCACUCUUUACUCAAAUUCAGUUACUGCUUACUAAAUAAAGUGGACUUUCCACAUAUUUACAAAUUAAACAUAACAUUUUGUAUAUAUAUUUAAAGUUUUCCAUUUGCUUUUUAAUGUAAAAGGCAAAUAAAAUUUCAUAAACUUCUGUAAUUACCAAAAAAAAAGCCAAAGCCAUUAUAAGUGCACUAACAGUGACAGCAUUGCUGCAGAGCAGUCACCUGACCAACUGCCUUUCCAAGGCUGUGCUUUUCCGUUGCUCUCUCUUCCUGUUUCCUGUCUAAUCACCUUAGAAUCAGAGGAGUUCCGCAUGUAACAGUGUUGUGUCCUCCCACAGAAUGUCUCUUUAGGAAAAGCAGUGGCUGAAGAACUCCCCUGGGGAGACAUUAGCUCAGAAGCCUUAGACGUGAGCCCAGGUGCACUGCAGUAUGGUGAGGCUGGAGCUUGAGUGGCAGCUGAAGCUUGACAGCCAUGCAUAACUGAUCAGGCCUAUGAACUGUGCUGUCUUCUGAUUGUGAAUUUUUUUAUUAACCUGUUUGCAUAAUAUUGUUUUCAUGUCCAAAACAAAAUAAAUAUUUUUGCUAUAUCCACCUUUUUAAUCCAAGUUUGGGUACUCAUUGUCACCAUUUUCUAUCCAUACUCUAGGAAAAUGUGCUGUUUGAACAGCCUCUGUUCAUCUAUAGCAGGUCUUCAGAUGGAGCCUCACCUGCCUUGGUCCUUAAUAGUGUAAAUAUCUCGCACAGAGCAUUGAGGCCUAUGGCUUUGAACUUGUACUGUGGAGCUGCCUUGGUUAUAGUGAGCUUUAUCUGUGAGUGUUCAGAGCAGCUGAUCACAUUGAUCAGAAUGAAAACCAAAUGCUUUGUAGUUUGAUGUAUAUGAGUCCCUGAAAAAAAAUCAUGUCUGCUCUUUUUUUUUUUCCACUGUCAUGUGACUAGAGCAAGGGAAGCCUUAAAGCCCAUGCUUGCUCCAGUUCCAAAUCCCCGUUUGUCCUUGUUCUAAGUGUGUAAUGUUACUAAAGAAACUAGUGCCCAGCAUCUGCCAAGACAGUCAAAGCAGGAGACCCUUAGUGCAGACUUUGUCAAACAGUGAAAGAUUUGAUUAGUGAUCCCAGUGCUGCUUAUAGCAGGGUAACUUGCAGUCCCCAGACUUCAUUUCCUCUAACUAGUGUCUUUCAGCAUGAUCUUUGGGGAGAAAAACCUUUUAGAGAGUGACAUUCUACCAAACUGGAAGAGGAGCAGUAACCGGAGGAAAUUCUUUAUAAUUACAAAGAAAGCAAAAGGAAAAGGAUUCCUUAAGUUUAAAACAGUGAUUAUUGGACUGAAAGGUUCUAGAAGACAUUAAGUAUAUCCUUUCAGAAUUCCAUUACAUGCUACAAAAAAAGAUGGGAGGUAGCAGCCUUGAGACGAAUCAGGUACAUUUUCAAGUUGAAACUUGAACCCUGCUUCAUUGUUAGCUUUUGUGCUGUUUAAAGGGUCUCUUUAUUUUUAAUGUACAUGAUACAGUUGAAACUUGAUGUUUUAAAAUUGAAAUGUGAGUAUCAAAAAGCAAAAUUGCACAGUUGCUAUAAUCAAGUGACAAUUAUCUGCACAAUUCAAUGAUUGUAAGGCAUCCUGUAACAAGCAAUGUUGUCUCCUAGUUUUUGAUGCCUCUUAAACUUAUGUCUUUUAGAAAGACAGUGCCUCUGUAUGCUUUUGUAUUUUUACUAAGUGUAAAUACUUGUUAUAUUUUUGGUUAAGAGAAUGUAAGGGUAUCAUUUAUUACAUCUCCUAACAUGUUGGAACCAAUAAAGAACCUGCAUUAA